GAGUUAGGAUCCUAAGUAAUGUGAAACAGCUGUGUGGGGCAUGGAAUCCUGAUAGUCGAAAAUCAGGACACACCUUCCCCCGCUUAGCUGGCCCUGCAGUGCACUGGGGGCAGGUUAAUGAUUAAACUUCCCACAGUACAGGCUGAAACCAACUUUACAGCCUGAUGUCACUUGAGGAUCACACAAGCAAACUGAGCUUCCCGGAUUGAAGUACUCAUACUUUCGAUUUUAAAAUGUUAUAUACAGAUAGCUUCAACUAUAUAUGCUAACUAAGUUUUUGCUUUGGUCUGCCGUGGUGUCCUUUGGUUGACCGUCUUGCGGAUUGACGCCUGGAGAUGGACCGCUACAGGUACUUCAUUUUGAACCAAAAGCGUGUACUUGUCCUCGGUGUCCUCCAAGUGGCGUGUGCGGCUCUCUGUGUGAUCUGCGGCUUCAUGGAUGCUGUUUUCCGCAAGGAUACCCCAUUGAGCACCACCAGGACACCAGUGUGGGCCGGAAUGAUCAUGGCUUGUCCUGGUGUUUUGGCUCUGUUUGCAUCUCAAAGGAGAAACUCAAUACUAAAACAAGAAUGCCAAAAUCACAGACAUGAUCAUUUCCUUGACUACUUCCUCCAGGUGAGUGCGAUGGUGGCAGCCGCGUGCCUCUCUUGUGUGGCUUCAGUAUUUGUAUUGGGCUAUACUUGUCUAACGCUCACUUAUGGAGCGGAAGAUCAGGAAGUCUUCCACCAUCAUGACAGUCCCAAAGUGACAUUUGUGCUGCAUCGGAUGGUUAAGGGCGCCAACGCCACCAUGUUGCUGAGCUGCUUCAUCAGCCUGCUCCUGUCCUCUCUCAUCGCUUACGUGGGUUGCUGUAGUCUACCCCGGUGUGGCUGCUAUGACGCUCGAACUGGACUGGAGACACUGAUUCCACAGUGUGACCCAGGAGAUGCUGAGAUGGUGUGUACCUGGCAAGCUGGGGGUGACGACAGGCUCUUCAACUCUCCAGCUCAGCCUACAGACUGUGGCACCACAGAGCAGGAAGGUUCCUCCAAGCUGCCUCCAUACAGCAGACUAACCUAAGACAAAUCACUCUCAUACCCAACUAACAGAAGGCAUGAUGCUGCUUUAAAAGAUGGUAUCAUUUCAGUUCCUUUGUUUUCUUGACUGAGCAGAUAGCAAGCACUGAGCACUCCAGUAGCAUGAAGAUUACUGUACAUAGUCCUUUACAUAAUAUAUUAAAGUUUCAACUAUCAGAUCAAAUUGACUGUAAGUUAAAUGAGUAUUUCACUGCCUCUGAGGUGACAAUGUGCGUUGUUUUUAAUUUGUAAACCACAUACAUUAAUUAAUAAAUUUUGACUUAAAAGUAGUUAAAUUGUUUACUUCCCGUCUUCAGAGAUGGGACUGCAUGUUAAAGAUUAUCUAUUGCAAGGUUACAUACAUGACAAAACCUCUGCAAGCAUGCCUCAAACAGUUUAUAGGAAAGGUAAAGUAUCUUCUUUAACAGACAGAAAAGCGGUUUUGUAUUACAUAGCAACAGUGGGGGGAAAGAAAUCUGAGAAUUAAUGAAUGUGAUGUGUGUGUGUGGGUGUAUAUAUAUAUAUAUA